AUUUCGAGAGCCAUACUCCCCAUCAACUUUAUUCUUCAGUCGAAGUGUCCCCCAUCGAAUGCCUUUCCAUGGUGGAUUUUUCUGAUACUUGCAGCGGCACAUCCGAUACAGUAUUCAUCGAAGUUAGCCUGCGGCAUCUUCAUGCGUCUACGACUUCAAUGGAACACAGCCCGCCGCUUCCUGCUUCAAACAGUAGGAUUGGAGAGUUCCAGCAUAUUCCAGACAUGGAGUCAUUUUACAGGUCUGAUUCUGCGGACUCUGAACAUCAUUCCUAUAUUCUCUCAAUGCCAACCAUUCCGAGGAUCGCACUCGAGGACCUCUCCGACGACAAUACCACGUCCGUCAAGAAAACAUACGACUUCAAUAUCACGUCUAUUGGUGCUUCUGUCCGUCAAGGAGAUUUCUUGAAACUGCCCGAUGGAUCUUGGCCACGCGCCUCGCUUUCUCGGCUAUCGUCUUCUCCUCGGGGCACUCGCCGCCGUGGUGUUCAAGUUGUCCAUAUUGCCAAGUACACUGACGCGCUCUCUACUCCUGUUUGUCGGCUACCUGCCUUCGAAGUGGCGCACGAAGACUCUCCGGAAUCUAGGAAGGAGAGCGAAGACGAGACUGGGAACCAGGCUUCCAAUACUCUUCUAGAUUUCAUCGAAGAUAGCAGUCGAUGCCAGCAGUUCGAUAUUAGUUGUGUGAGCAAGGAGAAUGAAGGCGGUACCCGCGCACCAGGAGCCACUUCACAGUCGGACAGGGUCCUCAUGAAAUCAUCGCCUGUUUACCCAGGCCUGGAACUUUCUCCCGUCGUUUACUUCCACGGUAAACACCGUCGCUCCCGAGCAGCUUCCUAUCAGAUCACCCCUGGGACACUGACCGAGCGCGGCCAAAUCAUCGAUACCCUCCCAUGCUCUAGGAGAUCAGGAGACUCGCGGUGGGCGCCCAAGAAUGGUAUGAUGGUCAUCAAAGUCUACAUCCCCUCUACCGACGACAUUUGGGCUGCGUACGUCCCCACUAGCGUCACCCUCUCUACGUUCACGUGUCGAUGGCUGUCCAAGUUGAGCCUUCACCUUCGGUUCAGCGGGAGUGCGAUGGACACGCCGGAGUACCACUUCGAUAGUGAUGAGGUGUUUCAGUACUGGGUAAAACGCCGGGUCCGGCAUGGCCGCAACCUUCCCAUCGUUGGUCACUUGGACUAUUCGGUCCUUCCGCUGCCCUUUGUACCGAAGGAGGCUUAGACCAAUUUCUUUCCCUCUGGACAUCCAAGCUUUCUUAUUGCUGACGUCCUUUUCCCACUGCUCACGUAUUUUCAACUCUGGCCACUACUAUUUCCGCCCGAUGUGUUUAUCGAUUUACUGUUUUCAUUUUGUG